UCCCGGCGGCUCCGGGUUUGGCGACGAGGACGGAGAAGUGCCACUGCGUCUCGGGCAGCAUGGCCGAGAAGCGGCACACAGCGGACUCCGAAGCCCAGCGGCUCCCCGACUCCUUCAAGGACUGGAGUCACGAUGGAGGGGUGGCGGGGUGCCAGCGGCACGUUUCCCAUCGCGCGGGCUCGGGUUAUCUCGCGGCCGCCAGAUGCCAGGCCCCAUGCCAGCGCUGCACUAUCUCGUGUCACGCACGCGGACGAGGAAACGCAGAGGGAACUGGCAGCCAACAGCCCCAGUAAGGGCCUUGGACCUUGCGGAUGGAUUUUGGUGGCAUUCUCAUUCUUAUUCACAGUUAUAACUUUCCCAAUCUCAAUCUGGAUGUGCAUAAAGAUUAUAAAAGAAUAUGAAAGAGCCAUCAUCUUUAGACUGGGUCGCAUUUUACAAGGAGGAGCCAAAGGACCUGGUUUGUUUUUUAUUCUGCCAUGCACUGACAGCUUCAUCAAAGUGGACAUGAGAACUAUUUCAUUUGAUAUUCCUCCUCAGGAGAUCCUCACUAAGGAUUCAGUGACAAUUAGCGUGGAUGGUGUGGUCUAUUACCGUGUUCAGAAUGCAACCCUGGCUGUGGCAAAUAUCACCAAUGCUGACUCAGCCACCCGUCUUUUGGCACAAACUACUCUGAGGAAUGUUCUGGGCACCAAGAACCUUUCUCAGAUCCUCUCUGACAGAGAAGAAAUCGCACACAACAUGCAGUCUACUCUGGAUGAUGCCACUGAUGCCUGGGGAAUAAAGGUGGAGCGUGUGGAAAUCAAGGAUGUGAAACUACCUGUGCAGCUCCAGAGAGCCAUGGCUGCAGAAGCAGAAGCAUCCCGUGAGGCCCGCGCCAAGGUUAUUGCAGCCGAAGGAGAAAUGAAUGCAUCCAGGGCUCUGAAAGAAGCCUCCAUGGUCAUCACUGAAUCUCCUGCAGCCCUUCAGCUCCGGUACCUGCAGACACUGACCACCAUUGCUGCUGAGAAAAACUCAACAAUUGUCUUCCCUCUGCCCAUAGAUAUGCUGCAAGGAAUCAUAGGGGCAAAACACGGCCAUCUAGGCUAGCAUAGAAAUGAGUGCUACCCUUCCAAGGAUGAAGUGGGGGACCAAAUUAGCCUUUAACUCAUAAAAAGAGGAUAGGGCUUUUCCUUUUCCAUAUGUCAAUUGUGGUGUUCCCAGAAUGCAUAGCAGUUAUAAAAAUAGGUGAAAGAAUUGUUAGCUUGUAAAUACUGAGAGAUUGGUGAUUAUAGAAGGUAAUCUGUUAGUCUCAAAAUAGUUACAAGUUUGUAUGUUUAGAUUAUUAUGUAGUAGGUUAGAUCCCUCUUGUUUUGACUUCCACUGACUCAUUCUGAACCCCCUAAGCACCCAGGCCAGAGGCAACCUGGGCUGUAACUGCCACCUGACACUGCUGACUGGAUAAAUGCUUUGCAGAAAGGGAUGAUCUUACACCACAGCCAGCUUCUCUAGGUCAAAUGUGCCUUACUCUGGAGAGUUUUUUUUUUUUUUUUUUUUUUUUAGAUGAAGUU